AAAAUUAAUUUACUUUUGAGAGACGGAAAAUAUUUUCCAUCAUACCAAAAACACCCUGCGUCUUGUAUUUAAAAGCAACUGGCAUAUGUUGAAAAUUGAAUGACCACGUAGAAGUUUCUUGUGAGAAACUUAACUCCUCUUUAAUUUCGUUACAUCGAUCCUUCUUCUUCUCCAUAAUCUCAUCCCCUAAUUUCCUCCAAAUUAAGGCUUAGGUUUCUACGAUCAAGAAACACGUCAUCAUCCCUUUUGGGAUUCUUUCUCUUGUUCUUGCUACUCCAUUUUCUUGUUGAACAUAAGGAAUUGAAUGUGAAGAUGGGUGGUACGGACAAAGAGAAAUUGAUUGGAUGUGAGCCAAGGGAAGGUAAAGGGAAGAGGUUGUGGAAGAAAGUGAAGUAUCAGCUGGUGGAGUAUCAUUCCUUGCCUGGGUAUUUGAAAGACAAUGAAUAUAUUCUGGGUCAUUACAGGGCUGAAUGGCCACUGAAGCAAGCGUUGCUCAGCAUUUUCACCAUUCAUAAUGAGACCCUCAAUGUUUGGACGCAUUUGAUUGGGUUCUUCCUCUUCCUUGUGCUGACCAUCUAUACUGCAAUCCAAGUUCCCAAGGUUGUGGAUCUACAUUCUUUACAGAAUCUCCCUGAUGUGCUGAGGAAGGCUGAUUUGCACAAAUUACAAGCAGAACUUAUGACUUGUCUUCCUUCUUUGCUGCAUAUGCCUGAUUUGCACACACUUCGAGAUGGAUUGCUACCAUCUCCCUCUAACUGGCAUAUUCUUGACCUCCUGAAUAACUGUCUACCUGAGCGAUUUUCCCACAGCAACCAUACAGAUGUCUGCGUAUUGCGGAGUGUAAAGGAAGAUGUUGCAAAUAUGAUAGCACCAUUGCUGUUGCGACCAAUAACACGGUGGCCAUUCUAUGCCUUCCUUGGUGGGGCAAUGUUUUGCUUGUUAGCAAGCAGCAUAUGUCAUUUACUUUCUUGCCAUUCAGAGCGUUUAUCAUACAUCAUGUUGAGGCUCGACUAUGCUGGUAUUGCUGCCCUGAUAGCAACUUCAUUUUACCCUCCCGUCUAUUAUUCCUUCAUGUGUUACCCCUUCUUUUGCAAUCUGUACCUGGGAUUUAUUACCUUCCUGGGAAUUGGCACAAUCUUGGGUUCCCUCCUUCCUGUGUUCCAGACCCCAGAAUAUCGAAUCAUCAGAGCAUCUCUAUUCUUCGGAAUGGGCUUAUCAGGUGCGGUACCUAUUCUGCACAAGCUGUUUUUGUUUUGGCACCAACCAGAGGCGCUUCAUACCACUGGAUAUGAACUUUUGAUGGGCAUAUUUUACGGCAUUGGAGCGCUGGUGUAUGCCAUGAGAGUUCCGGAAAGAUGGAUGCCUGGGAAGUUUGACAUUGCUGGCCACAGCCACCAACUAUUUCAUGUACUUGUGGUAGCAGGGGCUUAUACUCAUUACUGUGCUGGGUUGGUUUAUCUCCGGUGGCGGGACCAGCAAGGGUGCUAAGAGCCAUUCAAGAACUGUGAAAAGUCAGUCAGAUACCUUAAUUUAUGCAUUAGGGCGGUUCAAAUGUAUGUAAAUGUAGUGAAGAUGUGUUGUUUGCCCAUCUUCAUUAAUAAAUGCGUUCCAUCAGGAACGAUUGUCCA